AUGCGUCCUUACAGCGUGGCCUUGACGGUCUUGAAUACCACUGCACCGUCCAUCCAGCUGCCUUAUCCCUCUACCCAGCCUCCACCAGCCCCCUUCAGCGUCCAUCCAGCUGCCUUAUCCCUCUACCCAGCCUCCACCAGCCCCCUUCAGCAUCCAUCCAGCUGCCUUAUCCCUCUACUAGGCCUCCACCAGCCCCCUUCAGCGUCCAUCCAGCUGUCUUAUCCCUCUACUAAGCCUCCACCAGCCCCCUUCAGCGUCCACCCAGCCGCCUUAUCCCCCUACCCAGCCUCCACCAGCCCCCUUCAGCGUCCAUCCAGCUGCCUUAUCCCUCUAGCCAGCCUCCACCAGCCCCCUUCAGGGUCCAUCCAGCUUCCUUAUAUCUCUACCCAGCCUCCAGCCCCCUUCAGCUACCAUCCAGCCUCCUUAUACCUCUACCCAGCCUCCACCAGCCCCUUCAGCUUCCAUCCAGCUGCCUUAUCCCCCUACCCAGCCUCCACCAGCCCCCUUCAGUGUCCAUCCAGCUGCCUUAUCCCUCUACCCAGCCUCUACCAGCCCCCUUCAGUGUCCAUUCAGCUGCCUUAUCCACCCAGCCCACCAGCCCCCUUCAGCGUCCAUCCAGCUGCCUUAUCCCUCUACCCAGCCUCCACCAGCCCCCUUCAGCGUCCAUCCAGCUGCCUUAUCCCUCUACCCAGCCUCCACCAGUCCCCUUCAGCGUCCAUCCAGCUGCCUUAUACCUCUACCCAGCCUCCACCAGCCCCCUUCAGCGUCCAUCCAGCUGCCUUAUCCCUCUAUCCUCCACCAGCCCCUUCAGCGUCCAUCCAGCUGCCUUAUCCCUCUACCCAGCCUCCACCAGCCUCCUUCAGCGUCCAUCCAGCUGCCUUAUCCCUCUACCCAGCCUCCACCAGCCCCUUCAGCCCUCCACCAGCCCCCUUCCCCUUCAGCCUCCACCAUUCCAGCUGCCUUAUCCCCAGCUGUCUUAUCCUCUACCCUCCACCAGCCCCUUCAGCGUCCAUCCAGCUGCCCUAUCCCCCUAGCCUCCACCAGCCCCCUUCAGCGUCCAUCCAGCUGCCUUAUCCCUCUAGCCAGCCUCCACCAGCCCCUUCAGGGUCCAUCCAGCUUCCUUAUAUCUCUACCCAGCCUCUACCAGCCCCCUUCAGCUACCAUCCAGCCUCCUUAUACCUCUACCCAGCCUCCACCAGCCCCUUCAGCGUCCAUCCAGCUGCCUUAUCCCCUACCCAGCCUCCACCAGCCCCUUCAGUGUCCAUCCAGCUGCCUUAUCCUCUACCCAGCCUCCACCAGCCCCCUUCAGCGUCCAUCCAGCUGCCUUAUCCCUCUACCCAGCCUCCACCAGCCCCCUUCAGCGUCCAUCCAGCUGCCUUAUCCCUCUACCCAGCCUCCACCAGCCCCUUCAGCGUCCAUCCAGCUGCCUUAUCCCUCUACUCCACCCCCCCUUCAGCCUCCACCAGCCCCCUUUCAGCGUCCAUCCAGCUGCCUUAUCCCUCUACCCAGCCUCCACCAGCCCCUUCAGUCCAUCCAGCUGCCUUAUCCCUCUGCCCAGCCUCCACCAGCCCCCUUCAGCGUCCAUCCAGCUGCCUUAUCCCUCUACCCAGCCUCCACCAACCCCCUUCAGCGUCCAUCCAGCCUCCUCCACCAGCCCCCUUCAGCGUCCAUCCAGCUGCCUUAUCCCUCUACCCAGCCUCCACCAUUCCCCUUCAGCGUCCAUCCAGCUGCCUUAUCCCUCUACCCAGCCUCCACCAGCCCCCUUCAGUGUCCAUCCAGCUGCCUUAUCCCUCUACCCAGCCUCCACCAGCCCCCUUCAGCCCUCCACCAGCCCCCUUCAGCCCAUCCAGCUGCCUUAUCCCUCUAGCCAGCCUCCACCAGCCCCUUCAGGGUCCAUCCAGCUUCCUUAUACCUCUACCCAGCCUCCACCAGCCCCCUUCAGCGUCCAUCCAGCUGCCUUAUCCCCCUACCCAGCCUCUACCAGCCCCUUCAGCGUCCAUCCAGCUGCCUUAUCCUCUACCCAGCCUCCAGCCUCCACCAUCCCCUACCCAGCCCCCAGCCCCUUCAGCGUCCAUCCAGCUGCCUUAUCCCUCUACUAGGCCUCCACCAGCCCCCUUCAGCCCAUCCAGCUUUAUCAGCGUCAUCCAUCCAGCUGCCUUAUCCUCUACCCAGCCUCCAGCCAGCCCCCUUCCUCUAGCCUCCACCAGCCCCCUCCAUCCAGCUGCCUUAUCCCUUUACCCAGCCUCCACCAGCCCCCUUCAGCGUCCAUCCAGCUGCCUUAUACCUCUACUCAGCCUCCACCAGCCCCCUUCAGCGUCCAUCCAGCCCCCAGCCAGCCUCUACCAGCCACCUUCCCCUCCAGCUGCCUUAUCCUCUCCCAUCCACCAGCCCCUUCAGUGUCCAUUCAGCUGCCUUAUACCCCAGCCUCCACCAGCCUCCUUCAGCGUCCAUCCAGCUUCUAGCCAGCCCCCUUCAGCGUCCAUCCAGCUGCCUUAUCCUCUACCCAGCCUCCACCAGCCCCUUUCAGCGUCCAUCCAGCUGCCAUCCAGCUCCACCAGCCCCCUUAUCCAGCUGCCUUAUACCUCUACCCAGCCUGCACCAGCCUCCACCAGCCCCCUCCAUCCAGCUGCCCUAUCCCUUUAUCCAGCCUCCACCAGCCCAUCCAGCUUAUCCAUCCAGCUGCCUUAUACCCUAGCCUCCACCAGCCCCCUUCAGCGUCCAUCCAGCUGCCUUAUCCCUCUACCCAGCCUCCACCAGCCUCCACCAGCCCCUUCAGCGUCCAUCCAGCUGCCUUAUCCCUUACCCAGCCUCCACCAGCCUCCACCAGCCCCUUCAGCGUCCAUCCAGCUGCCUUAUCCUCUACCCCCUCAGCCUCCACCCCCCUUCCCUUCCCCUUCAGCGUCCAUCCAGCGUCCACCCCUUCCCUUCCCCUUCAGCGUCCACCCCCUUCCCUUCCCCACGCCACACUGA